AUGUGUUCCUCUGUAGGCGAAGAAAAACGAUAUUUGCCACCAGGUAGCGAAACAGGUGAGCACCUCCAUGAUUCUUUACUAUUGAACCAGGCGGUGGGAGAAGAGUGUCUGUCAAAUCGAGGUAAAUGGUCAGAGAAUGCUAUUAAUGGUUUUAAUCCCACCGGCGGCACGUCUCAGCUGCAGCUUCUACCGAAUGACCUGGAGUUUAGGCCUAGCAGUUUAACUUGCCAGAUUGGCGUUUGGACUAGAGCCAAGAUUUGUAAAGGAUCACGAUUCGGUCCUAUUCCGGAUAUCCUUGAAACAACAAAAGCGUCUACACUGACGAGGAAGCUUUAUCUGGAGGUUUCAUUAGAUUUAGGAGAAUCAACGGAAUUGAUUUUAUCAGCUGAAGAAACUGUUCCCGAACGAAGAGAAUUAGAUUUGACGAAACAUAAAAUCCUUUCUGAAAACAAUCGUAAAGACUUUGCUGGUUCUACGCAUUACACCACUGUCAACAGCAUUAUCAGUGAAAAUCUAUCACAGUCAUUUAGCCAGGAAAGUCAAGCUUAUUCCCACCUCAUCAAAUCACUAUCUAUGCGGACUGAAAAUAGAGAUUCCUUACAAACCAAAGAAGAGCAGUUCACUGAAAUGGGAGCAGAAUGGAAAUGUAACUAUCUCUGUCAUGAGCAAAGCUGGAAUGACCUUUUUUCUCAGAGGCGUGGUAAUCUGGAACAGAGUGACAAAAGAUACAAAUGCAACCAAUGUUCAAAGCUUUUCAACUGGAAAAGCAACUUAAUUCGUCACCAGGUGUCACAUGACGAUUCUCGCCGUUACGUGUCUUCAGAGGAACUGGUAUCCGUUAGUAAUUUGAACGAACUACCUUUUCUUGAGGAUGAACACAUCAACGAUGAGAAAAAUAUGAAGCUCUCUUUAAUCCGCCAGAAGUACAGUGCAGAUAUGUUAGUUAGUUCAGAUCCAUAUAUUCACAUUGACAAACCACUAGAGAACAAGAAUGAUAAGACUACAGUGAUGACACCGAUCUUUCCAAAUUGUAAAGGUCUAAAUAGUUUUUGUGAACUUUCUCAGAAAAACUUCUGUCUACACGCAGAAAAAACGAGCGAAACUUCUGACCAAAUUGAAAACACGCAUCUUGAUGAGCCUCUUGACCUUCGUAUUUCUAAGACAAAAAACUCUUCAUAUGACGAUAAAGAAAAAUAUUUUUUGAUUAACAAGAUGCUAAAGCCUAUCCCAAGCAAAACUGAAGAAAUGGCAUUGUCAAUGAACAAAAAACCGAAACGAAACAAUACUAAUACUGAUGAGUGCACAAGUACCACAGAACAGUUUACUCAACCAACGUCUCCAGUCGCCUUUCGACGAUUUGCACCCCCAUUGCUUUCAGAUAAUAUUAAAAGUAUUCAGUACACACAUCCGUUCUUUCCAAGUACAUCUAAACUGGAAGCACUAUGUUACCUAAGACAUUCCCUUUUGAAACCAGGCGUGUCUUCUUUUGAUCUUUGGAAAUGUCGAAUCGACGAAAAUGGUAACCAAACUGUUAAAAUAAUUUCUCAAGAGUUACAUAAAAUUAGUGAUCGUUACUCUUGUAAAUUCUGUGGUAAACUGUUCCCCCGCUCUGCUAAUCUUACGCGCCAUCUUCGAACUCACACAGGUGAACAGCCGUAUACUUGUAAAUAUUGCCAAAGAUCGUUUAGUAUCUCCUCCAACCUUCAACGUCAUGUCCGAAACAUCCACCACAAAGAAAAGCCGUUCAUCUGUUCAUUGUGUGAUCGUAACUUUGGGCAGCAGAUCAACCUGGAUCGACAUUUGAAGAAACAUGAAACCGAUGGGACAAAAUUUUCCCAAACAUUCUCCGAAGCAUGA